AUGGACGGCCUGGAAGAUGACCGAGAGCUGCUUCAUCAACUUCUCAACAAUCUGCGGGAUUUGAGUAAGGGUCAGGUCAUCCAACUGCUGAAUGUGAUUCGAAGUAAUGCAUCCUUGGAUGAGAUCAAAGAUUACAUGGACAGAGGGAUACCCGACGAGCUUGAGACGUCGCCGGAGCUGAUCGAUUCGACGAGCCAUAUGGCAGACAGCAGUCAGAGUUCGCGACGAACGGUUAUGAAUGCGAGACAACUGUCGGAUGAUCCGCUGUGGGAUGUUCCUGCCAAACCCUGGACGCGUUUGACAGAUGACGAUGGGUUUGUGUCUCAUCUGAUUUCGCUCUUCUUCACGUGGUUUCAUCCAUACCUGAACUUCAUGGAUCGCGACCGUUUCAUCAAGGAUAUGCAGUCCGGCGAUCCAGAGAAUUCUCUUUACUGUUCACCUUUCCUUGUCAACGCCAUUUUAGCUGAUGCUUGCGCCUACUCCGAUUACCCAGAGGCCUUUUUUCGACGAGACGACAUGACAUCCAAGGGACAGCAUUUCUACGAGGAAGCUAAGAAACUUUAUGGCGAUGAAGAUGGCAAAGCCAGUUCUUGCUUAUAUGGCAGAGAUCGGCGAGGGUGGCUUUACGUGGGCCAAUUAGUCUACGAGGCUCAGGACCUACUCGAUGAACACGAGCUCAGCAAAGAAUCGAAUUAUGAACCAGAAGUUGUCAACAACGUGGUCUGGGGCCUCUACAAUAUCUUGGCGGCCAACUCUCUUAUCUUUCACAAGCGAAUCAUGGUUCGGGCCCCAAAGAUACCAUGUCAACUACACUCAAUCCCGAGGCUCGGGCACCAGGACCUGUGGACCCCUUAUCCUUCUCUUGUCGGUGCCACACCGGCCCAUACUCAGCAUAUGUUGAAGGCAUAUUCAGACUUGAGUGUUACAGUAUUCGAAUCAUCCUCUUGGUUUUUCCACGAUAGAAACUAUCUGGAAAACAUGUCCUUUUUAGAAUUGCGAGACGCGGCAGAUCAAUUAUACGCUCGUCUCAAAGACUGGAAAACGAAUAUCAAUGACUGUAUGAAAGAACAGAACAACAGAACACCCCACAACCUGGGUUUGCACAUGUACUGGAACAAGAUCGUUAUGAAAAUCUAUGGCUUUGUACAGAAAAAGGCUGAUCAGGAAAGUCCAAGCCCAGCAGAGUAUCAGUCCGUGAAAGAAAGGAGACUCACAGCUGCGAGAGAAGUCGGACGACUGGUAGCGGUGCAUCUAUCUAUAUGGGGAAACGACCGAUUCCCAGCAGCAAACAUGCAAUCCUGCGCAAUAGCAGAACAUACUCUUCUUGAUGAUCUCGACAACCCCGAGAGCCGAAAGGCUUUCACUAAUCUCUGCCUCGCUUCCAAGGCCACUGCACGUCGUUGGCCAUUAGGCAGGGCAUUGCUGCACGAACUCCAUGUGGCAGCAAAGAAGUUGAAAGUCACUCUUCCGUCCGAGACGGAUGCCUUGUUCUCGGAUAUUGAGGACAACUGGUCCAUCCGGUCCAAGAGAUCUAAUGAACCGGAACUGGACACGUUUUUGAAGAUGGCAACAUGA